UAUAAAACGACGAGUAUGACAGGAAUGAAUCCUGCUAAAACUAUAUAUUAUAUAUUAUAUUUUUAUUUUUCGUAAAAUUUUUUCACUUGCAUAUAUAUAUAUGUACGACGAUUCGAGCGGAACAGUUUUUAAAUAGUAUUAUAUACAAAGGCCACAUUCUCGAAGUUCAUAACGAGAGGGUGAAAACGUUAGGAGGGAUUAUUUUGUGAAAAAAAAUUAAUAACGAAUCAAGCGAGCAUCAUUGAUCAGGCCAUGCAGUCGCGAAAAAAAGAGAAAAGCUGAGAUAGAAAAAGACGGAAAAAUAAGCAGACAGUAUAUAUUAUUGCAUUUCUGUGCGCGCUUCCGAAUGCAACGUCAUUAGUCAUUUUACCGACAUCAUUGUAUAAUAGCAUUAUAAUUACACGGUUAUCUAUUGAUAUAAGACAACCGUUAUAUUGACACAACUGACGUGCACGUUUUGUGCCGCAUUAUUGUCCAAUCCUUAGAAAUAUUCAUUGGAUUCAACCAGUCUUCAUGAAUGAUUCAUAUCGGAAAAAUAAAUUCAGAAUAAAAGACAGCCAUGAACAGUUCGGAUCCACGAUGCGUCGGUCCAAACAAAACACUUGGCAUUGACCAGGCUUGUUUAAGCAUUCUUAAUAAUCAAGAUUUACCUGUAUCGGUAUUGACUUAUAUUAAUCAAUGUCAAGCUUGCGACGGUUUGCCUUUUGCCAAUCUAUCGCCAAACAGUAACACAACUCUUGUUAUUCCUACCAAAUAUGAAAUGCACUUGUAUUAUGUUGCAGAAAAAUAUCAAUGGUGUCACGGUGCUUACAAGUUCCAGGAAUAUGGCCACUAUGGGUGGAAUUUGACCAACCAAAGUUGUUCAUGGUUUUAUACCAUAAAAGAUCCGCCGACUCCUUAUAUGCCAAUUCUGGCUGCAUCUCUUGUCUUCGUGGCUCUAUCCAUCUUCUAUGGUGUAGGCAAAUUCCUCAUACCUUUUGCAAUGAAACGAUUAAAGGAGCGCAGAGUUAACGAACAAGAUGACAUGCAAGAUUUACAAGAUUCCGAACCUUUUCCACCUGCUCUUGUCGUUUCUUCGCGCUCGAGCACAAGAAUACACUCCAUCGACACCAUUCGAGGAAUUGCGAUAUUAUUGAUGAUCUUUGUAAACAACGGUGGCGGCAAAUACGUUUUUUUCAAUCACAGCCCGUGGUACGGAUUCACGAUUGCGGAUUUCGUCUUGCCAUGGUUUGCGUGGAUAAUGGGACUCACACUGGUUGUUUCAUUACGUACGCAACUUCGGAUAUCCGUGUCACGUCCAAGAAUCAUAAUGCGAAUAUUGCGGCGUAUCUUCUUUCUUAUACUCUUCGGAUUGAUUAUCAACUCCAAUGACAAAACUACCAUUGAGAAUCUCCGAUUCCCCGGGGUUUUACAACUUUUGGGGAUCACAUAUUUCAUAUGUGCAUCAAUCGAAGCUGUUUUCAUGAAAGCACAAAGGAAUUUUCAGUACGGACGAUUGAUGUUCUUACAAGACAUCCUGGACUGUUGGCCACAAUGGCUCAUUUUUAUUGGAAUAGGAGCAACGCAUACACUCGUCACAUUUUUGCUUCGUGUACCCGGUUGCCCGACUGGUUAUUUAGGCCCAGGUGGUUACCAUCUUCGUGGAAAGUACGCAAAUUGUACCGGAGGCGCUGCUGGUUAUAUCGAUAGACUGCUAUUCGGCAGUCACAUGUAUAACAAAACCAACAAUCCUAUAUAUGGUUCAACGUUGCCUCACGAUCCCGAAGGGCUUAUGAAUACUCUUUCGGCGGUGCUGAUUGUCGCACUGGGUGUCCAAGCUGGCAGAAUACUGUUAUGUUAUUAUUUGUACCUGCAAUCGAAGAUACUCCGAUGGUUUGCUUGGGCAGCGGUCAUAGGUAUCAUAGCUAUUCUACUCAAUGGUAAGGAACAAGAAGGUGGAGUUAUACCAGUGAGCAAAAAUAUGAUGACACUUUCCUUCGUUCUCGCAACAUCGAGCUUCGCAUUUUUUUUCUACAUUAUAAUAUUUUACAUCGUUGAUCACAAGCGUAUUUGGAACGGAGCACCAUUCGUUUAUGCUGGAAUGAAUCCAAUAUUUUUGUACAUAGGACAUUAUUUGACCAAGGGUCAUUUUCCGUGGGCUUGGAAAAUUUUAAAUCCCACUCACGCUUCCCUACUGUACAUGAAUCUUUGGACAACGGUACUUUGGGGCUUCAUAGCUUACGGCCUGUAUCGAAAAAAUGUCAUAAUCACCAUUUGAAUAUAUACCGAAAAUAAAGUACCGAAAAAAAAAUAAAGACGAACCGAGAUGACUUUUCGGUUACGCCUUUCAUCAUUUCAUAAAUAUUAUCGAAUCGAAAAGCACCUGGCGCGCGGUGGAUUAUUAUUUCUUUUUAAUAUCAACUCGACAGAACAGAAAUGUGAUAAAAUACUAAUAUUAUUGUAAGCUCAUCAGCAUUGUUGAAUCUGCUACACCGCUUCUUCGUACGAAUAAAGUAGUUUGUGAUAUGA